AUGCCGACUGCCCCAGUAAACAAAGAUGGAGCCGCGCUUUACUAUGAAGACAGUGGUGCACCCUCGUCCAGCGACUAUGUGACCAUCAUCAUGCUACAUGGGGCCGUAUUCCACGGCGCUGUCUUCAGACGCCUAUUCCCAUACGCGGGCGCGAGCAACCUUCGCAUCGUCCUGAUUAACUCCCGCGACUAUCCAGGCUCCAGCUGGUACACUGACGCUGAAAUCGAGAAGUUCCGCGGACCUCCCGAGGUUCAAGCCUCCACGCUGGUGGCUCACGCUCUCGAGUUCCAGACUUUCAUUGCCUGGUUCAUCGACACACACAACACUCCGCCGAUCGCCGCAAAUGAAGAUGGGAGCCUCUCCGGCGGAGUCGCUUUUCUCGCUUGGUCUGCUGGAAACAUGCAGUCGCUCUCUUUGCUUGCGCAUGCGGACAAGGCGUCCGAGAAAGUGAGGUUGCUCCUGGAAGCCCACCUCCGCGCUUUCAUCAUGUAUGCCCCAAGCCCCGGCGUAAUCGGUGCUCAAACCCACCCAGGCGUCUACAACCCCUUCGGCGACGAAACACUCGCACCUGCUGAGCAAUUAGCCGCCUUCUUCCCUUGCGUCUGCGCGCACUACACCGAUACAGAGCUCACACCAGAUGCAGAAGCUUUUGAGGCAGCCUUGGUUGCGCGUAAGAAGCUGGACAUCAUGCCAACUUACGAGCGCAUGUCGCCCGAGGAGCUCGAGAACGUCGUGGACAGGCGCGAGAGGCCCCAGACGCACGUCCCGCUCGGGUUCAUCGACCUCACGCUGCACCAGGACAUUGCCCGCCGCGCACUUUACGACUGUUGCGGAGAGGGCAGUGCGAGCCCCGGCGCAUCUGAGCCUAUCUGGCCGAGGGUACGGGUGUGCGUCCUCUUGCCCAGCAGGGACGUGGGUCAUGUCGUGUGGGCGGUGGAGCUGCUUAGGCGGCAAUAUGAGGAGGCGCGCAAAGCAGGGAAGAUCGGGCGUACUGUGGAUGUGGUCAGGAUCGACGGGGCGAAUCAUUUUGUACAUUGGGAAGAGCCCGAGCGUUUUGUGAAGUUAGUUGCAAGUGUAGUUUGA